AUGACAAAUUUUACAUUUGACGGCAUCACCAAGCAAUAUGGAACCGUAGAUAGUGCCACUCUUAUUACUGAGAGUAGUUACUUUGUGGGUGCUAAUCUCAAUAUAGUGAACACUGCUCCUAGGCCAGACGGGAAAUUGGAAGGAGCACAAGCGGUUGCUUUGAGAGUCUCCGAUGAAAGGUCAGCUUUCUAUAACUGCAAGAUCAUCGGCUUCCAGGACACUUUGUGUGAUGACAGGGGCAACUAUUUUUUUAAGGAUUUCCAUAUUCGUGGCACUAUUGAUUUUAUUUUCGGGAGCGGGACAUCUUUAUAUCUAAAAAGUGGGAUGCAUAAUUCAGAAAUAUUCAUGGAAAGAGAUCCAGAAGGUGAUCCGAAGUCGGCAGUAAUUACAGCACAAGCGAGAGAAAGUUCAUCGGAGGAUACGGGUUAUUCGUUCGUACAUGGGAGGAUUACAGGAACUGCGAAAGACCUAUUUUUGGGAAGGGCUUGGAUGAGCUGUCCGAGAGUUGUUUAUUAUUAUACUGAAAUGGAUGAAAUCGUCCAUCCUGGUGGAUGGUCUAGUAAUUGCCAACCUGAACGAGCCGACACUGUGUACUACGGAGAAUACAAAUGCACGGGGAAAGGUGUGACUCUAGCUACACGAGAGAAAUUAGUUAAACAACUAUCCGAUGCAGAUGCUCAACUAUUCUUGGCUCUUGACUAUGUUGAAGGUACCAAAUGGUUGCUUCCUCCUCCAACAGUACCUAAGUAA